AUGCCGCGUCCGAGGCAUAACACGACCUCCUUACCCAGGAAUCUCCGCGAGGAGCUGGGGAUCAGAGAUACCUACGGUGAUCGGAAGCGCAACGGGCCCGGCGCGAGAAAAGAUCGGCGGAAAGAGGAGCGGUUGUCGAAGAAGCAGCGCGGGGGUUUUGGGGCACAAAAGCGGGGCUCGCAGCGGUCCUACCACGAUGAUGACGAGGAUGAGGAUGAUUUCGGUGGAUUCGACGAGGGCGCUGGUGAUUCCGACGACGAUGACGAUGAUAAUGCCGCGGCGACUAUGGCCAAGUUGAAGGCUGCUAAGGCCGCUAAGGCCGCUCCUGAAAAGAUGAAGAAGGCGCAAACGGUCGAGAAAGAUGCUGAGGUGGUGGCUGCAGCGCGGCCCAUCUCCAAGACGGUGAAGGCGAAGUUGGACGAGGAUGAAGCUGAGAUUGCUGCGCUGGAGAAGAAAUUGGGUCUUAAGAAGGGCAAGAAGCUUCCCAAGUCUUUCGAGGAGGAUGGCUUGGGUGAUCUUCUUGAGGACCUGGGUGAGGGGUCGGAUGAUGAGAAUCGCAAGCGAAAGAGGGAGGCCGACGACUGGUUGCGCAAUAAGCGGAGAAAAGCGCAGGGAUUGCAGGCUGAUGACGAGGACGAGUCGGAGGAGGAUGAUAGUGAUAUGGGUAGUGAGGAUGGGCUGGAAGGUUUUGACGAGGAUGACGAAUCUCUUGGAGAUUUCGAUGAGGAUGAGGAGGAGGAUGAUGACGAUGAAGACGAGGAUGAGGACAUGGAUGGCAUGGAUCUCGACGAGGACGAAGAAGAGGAACCUGCUCCUAAGAAGAAGGAAAACCCAUACGUGGCUCCGGUCCAAGAAUCUAGCGAGAACAAGCCGCAGAAGUACAUCCCUCCCUCGCUUCGAGCCAAGGCUUCAUCAGAGUCCGAGAGUCUCGUACGUCUUCGAAGACAGGCUCAGGGACACCUGAACAAAUUGUCCGAAGCCAACAUGAUCUCGAUCCUUGGUGAGUUCGAGAAGCUGUAUCGCGAUUAUCCUCGUGGCGAGGUGACCUCGACCCUUAUCACACUCUUGUUCGGUCUGAUUUGCGAACGAUCUACACUGUCGGAUACCUUCAUCAUCCUGCAUGCGGGUUUCAUUGCGGCCGUCUACAAAGUGAUGGGCAUGGAUUUCGGUGCGGAGAUCGUGCAGAAGAUUGUGGAGACAUUCGACGCUCGUGGUGACGAGCGAGGCACGUUCGCAGGCAAAGAGACGAUCAAUUUGAUUGCUCUUCUGUCGCAGCUCUACAACUUCCACGUCAUCUCAAGCACCUUGAUGUUUGACUACAUCCGGCUAUUCCUCCAGGAUAUCACGGAAGAGAACACCGAGCUGCUUCUCAAGAUCAUCCGAAACUCCGGCCCUCAACUGCGCCAAGACGACCCCUCCUCCCUCAAAGACAUCGUCCUCCUCAUCCAGCCCGCUGUCGCCAAAGCCGGCGAAGCCUCCCUCUCCGUGCGCACCAAGUUCAUGAUCGACACGAUCACCGACUUGAAGAACAACCGCCUGAAAGCCGGCGCAGGCUCUAACCUGGCCUCCGAGCACAUCACGAAGAUGCGCAAGAUACUCGGCUCGCUCAACAACACACGCGUCAUUCGCGCCUCGGAACCCAUCAGCAUCUCCCGACAGGACAUCCACAAUUCCUCGAAAAAAGGUAAAUGGUGGCUCGUCGGCGCCAGCUGGCGCGAGGACCCGCUCGAGUCCGCCCGCCAGGAACUCUCCAGCCUGCCCCAUCAACAAUCCCAGCAACAGCAGCCAGACGAGAACGAAAGCGACGGCGAACCCGAUUGGGUCAAUAUCGCCAAAGCCCACCGCAUGAACACGGACGUGCGCCGCUCGAUCUUCGUAGCCAUCAUGUCCGCCACAGACUACCAGGACGCGCACGUGCGCCUGCUCAAGCUCCGCCUCAAGCGCGCCCAGGAGUUCGAGAUCCCCCGCGUGCUGACCCACUGCGCCAUGGAGGAGGUCGCGCACAACCCCUACUACACGCUGAUCGCCCGCCGGCUGUGCGGCGAGAUGGGCCGCCGCAUCAAGGUCUCGUUCAUGUACACGCUAUGGAACAUCUUCAAGCGCAUGGGCGAGAACGGCGACAUGGACGACGACGAUUCCGACGGCGGGUUCGGUGGCGACGAGGACGAGAACAACAAGCUCGAUAUGAAGGCCAUCGUCAAUCUGGCCAAGAUGUACGGAUCGCUUGUUGUGGACGGCACGCUGAAUCUGGGCAUCCUCAAGAUCUUGAACUUCGCGUACCUCCAGCCGAAGAGUAAGACUUUUGUGGAGCUGUUGUUGAUUAGCGUGAUCCAGCAGUCACAGCAGAAGAAAAAGAAGGACAAGAAGCGGGGGAGUAAGAAGAGCAAGGAGGUCGAGGAGGACUCAGCGCGCGAUGAGAGCGCGCUGAUGGAGAUCUUCUUGCGCACGAAAGAGACGCCGCAAAUUGCCAAGGGGUUGAUCUUCUUCCUGCGCAAGGUGGUCGCGAAGACGGAUAUUGUGCCGUCCGCGAAGGAUCUGAAGCUGGUGAAGUGGGGGUGCACAGUUGCGGUGGAUGCGUUGAAGGUCGUGGUG